AUGUCAGGUGAAGAAAACUUACUACUAAUCCCAGGCCCAAUCAUCGUCUCUGAAAGGGUCAGACAAGCUCAAGCCAUCCAAUCCUUGGCUCAUACUUCUCCUGAAUUCAUUGCAAUUUUCCAAAAAGUUUUAAUCGACUUGAGAAAAUUAUUCAAAUCUGAUGAUCCAAAAGAUCAAGCAAUUGUUGUUGCAGGCUCGGGGACUUUAGGUUGGGAUAUCACUGCUUCGAAUUUGGUUUAUCCUGAUGAAGACGUUUUGGUUUUAUCUACUGGGUUUUUCUCUGAUUCAUUUGCUGAAUGUUUAAAAGUUUAUGGUGGUAAAGUUGAUGUUUUGAGUGCUGAACCUGGUGAUGUUGUUCCAUUUGAUAAAAUUGAACAACAAUUAUCCAAAAAGAGUUAUAAAGUUAUUACAAUCACUCAUGUUGAUACUUCAACUGCUGUUGUUUCAGAUGUUGGUAAAAUUUCUCAAUUAGUUAAAAAAGUUUCCCCAGAAACUUUAAUUGUUGUUGAUGGUGUUUGUUCAGUUGGUGUUGAAGAUAUUCAAUUCUCCAAUUGGGGGUUAGAUUAUGUUCUAAGUGCUUCUCAAAAAGCCAUUGGAGUUCCUUCAGGUUUAUCAAUUGGAUUUUUAUCUCAAAGAGCUAUUAAAAAAGCUGAAAAUAGACCUGUUCAAUCAACUUUCUUCGCAUCUUUGAAAAAAUGGUUACCAAUUAUGAAUAAUUAUGAACAAGGUAAACCUUCAUAUUUUGCCACACCAGCUAUUCAAACUGUUAAUGCUUUGAAAGCUUCGUUAGAAGAGAUUUUAGACUCUGGUUUUUCAUUAGAUUCAAGAUUUGCUAAACAUGCAGAAACUUCAACAAAAUUCAAGAAGAAUUUAACUUCAAUUGGAUUAAAAUUAGUUCCAGUUAAUGAACAAGUUUCAGCUAAUGGAUUAACAGCAGUUUAUUUCCCACCUGGUGUUAAAGGUGGUGAUUUAUUACCAUUGAUUUAUAAAAAAGGUGUUGUCUUGGCUGGUGGAAUUCAUAAAGAUUUAAAAGAUAAAUAUUUCAGAAUUGGUCAUAUGGGUGUUUCAGCUAUUGAUGAUUCAAGAGGUGAUUUAGAUAAAGCUUUUAAAAUCAUUAAGGAAUCAUUGACUGAUUUAGGUUAUGCUCCAUAA